AUGACAACAUGUACUCGAACGCAAACAAAACUGGCCUUGGAGCCAUCUGUGGGAGUCGGACUCAACCCCGGUGAUACUACUCCACGGCAAUUACUAGAAACCAGCAGCGCCGACCAGUCCGCUGAGUCGGUUGCCGGUGGCCUCCGAGUGUCCCUGUUCCGAAAGGUGGCCGUUAUUACACAACUUUCCGGCGUCAAUUUUGCUUCCAAUGCUGUCAAUGGCCUCGUCGUCGUCGGCUUGCCUACCAUCACGGCCGACAUCGAGCUGGAUCCGUCGCUGGCUCUUUGGCCAACCUCGGUCUCAAACUUGGCCAAUGCCUCGGCUAUUCUGCUCGCUGGCUCUGUGGCCGACUCGAUUGGCCCACGGACGGUCAAUCUUGCCGGCGGCAUCGUGACGGGAGUCUUUGUACUCGCCGGGGGUGCCUGCAAAACAGGCACGCAGCUUGUUGUGAUGCGAGCCCUGCAGGGCGUUGGCUACGCCAUGCAUCUUGCGUCGUCUGUCGCCAUUGUCACUACAACCCUGCCCCGUGGGAGGCCACGAAAUUUCGCCUUCUCCUGCCUUGGUCUUAGCCAGCCGCUGGGUUUCUCGCUUGGUCUAGUCCUCGGGGGUGUCCUUCAGGACCUCCUGGGUUGGAGAGCAGCUUGGUACAUCUACGGCGCUCUGACUCUUGUCCUCUCUGCUGUUGCCACCUGGGCGUUGCCAAAGUCUCAUUACGAAAGGACAGUUCGAGGCACCGUGCAUAAUUUCAAGCAGAGAGUAGAUUGGGUUGGCGCCGUGCUGGCCUCGACUUUUAUGGCGCUGCUCUCCUACCUGUUUGCGACUAUUAGUGUCGAUCUUGCCAAGAUCCGAAACCCCGAAAGCAUCGUGUUUAUUUGCCUGAUUGGGAUUCUGUUGCCGCUGUUUAUUGGCUGGGUCCAUCGCCAGGUCCGGCUGGGCAGACCGGCACUGAUCCCCAACUAUCUGUGGAAGAAUACUGCAUUUGCCAGCAUUUGUGGCACUGUGGCUCUGUCGUUUGGUGUAUCAACAUCCAUGGAGUUGUUUGCCAGUUUGUUCUUCCAAGAGGUUCAGCGCCUCUCUGCCCUUGAGACCGGCCUCAGAAUCAUCCCAAGUCUGGCCGUUGGAGUGAUUCUCAACUUCACGACCGGUCUAUUCGUCGACCGGGCUCCGGCCCCGUGGAUUGUGACAGGGUCGUCCAUCAUCUGUUCAAUAUCGCAUCUGCUCAUGGCGACGAUCAAAGUCCAGUCCCCGUAUUGGACGAAUGCCUUUAUAGCCCAGCUGCUGGCGCCUGUGAGCCCCGACGUACUCUUCACAGUAGGUCUCAUCAUCAUCUCGGACAACUUUCCUGACGACACGCAGGCACUGGCGGGUGCCGUGUUCAAUACCGCGUCUCAGUUCGGCCAGGCUCUCGUCUUGGGCGUCAUGCAGAUUGUCUCGACGGCCGUGACAUGGGACCACGGCAACAAGAGCAUGCCCAUGGCUGUGAUGGAGGGGCUCAGGGCAAGCUUCUGGACCAUGUUUGGGCUCAUGAUGGCUUGCACUUUAUGGGGGGCAGUUGGCCUACGAAAGACUGGGAAGAUCGGACUUAAACGAGACUAA